AUGCGCCCUCUUUCCCCCGUCCUGGCCUCCCUGGCCAACGUCUUCCGCAUCCCCAUCACCCGCGCCCCCGUCCGCCCAACCCUCACCAACGAAAUCCUCUCUUCCACUUCUACUCCUACCUCUCCGCGCUCCUUCUCCACCACCUCCGCCCUCUCGAAAAGAAAAGAAAGUGGCUAUAGAGGCGAUCGUCGGAUUCUAUUAAUCCGCUACUUCCUCCACCACCCCCUCACGCCCCGGCCCCUCCGCUUCUCCCGCACGCGUUUCCUCCGGCACUGGACGAUCCACCGCGCCUGGAACCUCUACCAAGCGAAUCAGCGUCGGGCCCACGAGCUCGAACUCCAGCGCCAGUGGCAGUCCAUGCAAGCCGCGUGUGAGGAAUUGCGUACGGGGGCCGGUGAUGGUGGGAAGUUGUUUCGGAAGAGUAUGAUUAAGACGGGCGUGUUUAGGGAUUUGGUUCCGAUUGAGUAUGCGCGGUUGCAGACGGAGGGGCCGGCGAGGGAGGGGUGGAAUUUUGAGUGGAAGAGGGAUUAG